AUGGCUCUCGAUGGUCUGAACGGACUCGAUCGCAAGGCGAUGGAGGAAGAGCGACUUGCUCGGGCUGCCAAGCGGAACCGUUCGAUCUCUCCUCCAGUCCGAAGCCCUCGAAAGGCACCCAGACUCGCGGAGGAGACAGUCACGUUGGCCAGUGGCGCACGACUCAAGAUGUUUUCCUCGACCGUGCAGCAAGACCAGUCGCGCCGCAAACCGGAAACCGCAAAGGCCGCAAUCAAGAAAAUGAACGCCGAGCCUUCUCCAGACAUCAAGCCAGAGCCCGAGUCCACAGACAGCGGUAGCUUCAACCCGGAAUCACUACCCCACGGAGCGAUCAAAUACCCGCAUGGAGUUGUAAAAAAGACAUGGGCAUUUGGUCAUCCACGCACCGGAACAGAAAUCAAGAUCGAAGAAGUCCUCGAACCACGGAGUGUCCGCACUGCCCUCUUAUCUGCCUUCCAGUGGGACGUCGACUGGGUGUUGUCGAAGCUGAAACUUCAGCCUUCAGAAGACACGAAGAAACCCACAAGAUGCAUCUUCGUCAUGCAGGCAGAGGGCGAUGAGCAGCGAGCUCGGUGGCGUGAAGAAAACGAGAACAGCGGACUGGCUUCGCUCGUGCGCGUGCUCUUGCCCCCAAUGGACGGAAUCAUAUGGUGUAUGCAUUCCAAACUAAUGCUGCUGUUUCACGAAGAGAAACUGCGAGUCGCAGUGCCUACAGCUAACCUCCUGAAUUUCGACUGGGGAGAGACGGGACAGAUGGAAAACAGCGUGUUCAUGAUCGAUCUACCGAGACUCCCGGAUGGACAGAAGACCGGUGUCGAUGAGCUCCCUUUCUUUGGGAAAGAGCUGCUUUACUUUCUCGAGAAACAAGAGGUGGAUCAGGACGUUAGAGACGGAUUGUUACGCUUCGACUUCAGUGCUACGGCGGAGAUGGCCUUCAUACACACUGUGGGCGGCGUCCACUUUCGAGAUGCUGCGCGAACAGGACUGCUCGGACUUUCCAAGGCAGUCAGAGAACUCGGCCUCGAAUCGACAGGCGACUCGUUCGAGAUCGAUUUCGCAGCCUCCUCCAUCGGCUCCCUCAACGAAAAGUAUAUGCACGACCUGUACUCCGCAGCACGAGGCAUCGACUCCGUCGAAGCAGCAAGAGCAGCCAAAUCCAAAGCCGGAGCAGACUUCUUCAAGGCAAAACCGAAGAAGAAGAAGGAUCAGAGCACCACCACCACCGAGUCCCCAAUCUCCGAAAAAAUGCGCAUCUACUUCCCCACCCACGAAACCGUCCGCGCUUCCACCGCAGGCUCCGCAGGCACCAUCUGCUUACAACGCUCCUACUUCGAAUCCAAGACGUUCCCCAAGGACUGUUUCCGCGACUAUCAAUCCACGCGUAAAGGCCUCCUCAGCCACAACAAGAUCCUGCUCGCGCGCGGACGGAAGAAAUCCUCCCGGGAGCGGAUCGCGUGGGCGUACGUCGGCUCGGCGAAUAUGUCCAAGUCUGCCUGGGGGGAGUUACCUGCCGAUCGCACGGAUCGGAAAAUCACGUGUCGGAAUUGGGAAUGUGGUGUUUUGCUUCCGGUCAAGGUGGCGAGGAAGGCGGGGAUCAAGACGGAGCCUGUGGAGGGACAUGUGGACUCGGAAACGGAAGACGAGGAAGAAGAAGAGGAUGGUCUGGUUGGGAUGGAAGUUUUCAGGAAUGUCGUGGACAUUCCGUUUGAGGUGCCUGGGCAGACUUAUGAUGGUCGCGAGCCGUACUACUUUAAAGAAUGA